GGGUCCAUGAAGGCAUCGCCAGAAACACAGACCAGACGCGAGGCACAGCAAAAAGGCUGCCUGGUGAGUGGCUACUCCAUGACCCCCCCGACCCUGAACAUCACGGAGGAGACGCACGUCAUUGACUCCAGUGACAGCCUGUCCAUCUCCUGCAGGGGGCAGCACCCCCUCCAGUGGGCCUGGCCAGGGGCUCAGGAAGCGCCAGCCACAGGGGGAAAGGACAGCGAAGACAUGGGGCUUGUUCGAGACUGCGAAGGCACAGAUGCCAGGCCCUACUGCAAGGUGCUGCUGCUUCCCGAGGCCCAUGCCAACGACACGGGCAGCUAUGGCUGCUACUACAAGUACAUCAAGGCCCGCAUCGAGGGCACCACCUUGGCCAGCACCUAUGUAUUCGUAAGAGACUUGGAGCAGCCAUUCAUCAACAAGCCAGGCACACUCCUGGUCAACAGGAAGGACUCCAUGUGGGUGCCCUGCCUGGUGUCCAUCCCCGGCCUCAACAUCACGCUGCGCUCGCAAAGCUCAGUGCUGCAGCCUGAUGGGCAGAACGUGGUGUGGGACGACCGCCGGGGCAUGCGGGUGUCCACUCCGCUGCUGCGCGACACCCUGUACCUGCAGUGUGAGACCACCUGGGGUGGCCGGUCCUUCCUAUCCAACCCUUUCAUCGUGCACAUCACAGGCAACGAGCUCUAUGACAUCCAGCUGUUUCCCAAGAAGUCGAUGGAGCUGCUAGUCGGGGAAAAGCUGGUUCUGAACUGUACCGUGUGGGCCGAGUUCAACUCCGGCGUCACCUUUGACUGGGACUACCCAGGGAAGCAGGCUGAGCGGGGGAAGUGGGUGCCAGAGCGGCGCUCCCAGCAGACUCACACAGAGCUCUCCAGCAUCCUGACCAUCCACAACAUCAGCCAGCACGACCUGGGCCCAUACACAUGCGAGGCCAACAAUGGCAUCCAGCGGUUCCGGGAGAGCACCGAGGUCAUUGUGCACGAAAAGCCCUUCAUCAGCGUUGAGUGGCUCAAGGGUCCUGUCCUGGAAGCCACGGCGGGAGACAAGCUGGUGAAACUGCCCGUGAAGCUUGCAGCGUACCCCCCACCGGAGUUUCAAUGGUACAAGGACAGAAAGGCUGUUUCGGGGCGCCACAGUCCACAUGCCCUGGUGCUCAAGGAAGUGACAGAGGCCAGUGCAGGCAUCUAUACUCUUGCCCUGUGGAACUCCAUGGCCGGCCUGAAGCGCAACAUCAGCCUGGAGCUGGUGGUGAAUGUGCCCCCCAACAUCCAUGAGAAGGAGGCCUCCUCCCCCAGCAUCUACUCCCGCCACAGUCGACAGGCCCUCACCUGUACUGCCUACGGGGUGCCCCCUCCUCUCAGCGUCCAGUGGUACUGGCGGCCGUGGACGCCCUGCAAGACCUUCACUCAGCGCAGCCUCAGGCGGCAACAGCGAGACCGCAUGCCACAGUGCCGGGACUGGAGAGAGGUGACCACGCAGGACGCUGUGAACCCCAUUGAGAGCCUAGACAGCUGGACCGAGUUUGUGGAGGGGAAGAACAAGACGGUGAGCAAGCUGGUGAUCCAGGACGCCAAUGUGUCCGCCAUGUACAAAUGCAUGGUCUUCAACAAGGUGGGCCAAGACGAGCGGCUCAUCUACUUCUACGUGACCACCAUCCCCGACGGCUUCAGCAUUGAAUCGGAGCCAUCGGAGGAGCCCCUAGAGGGCCAGGCCGUGCGCCUGAGCUGCCAGGCCGACAACUACACUUACGAGAAUCUGCGCUGGUACCGCCUCAACCUGUCCACACUGCACGACGCACACGGGAACCCGCUGCUGCUCGACUGCAAGAACGUGCACCUGUUUGCCACGCCGCUGGCCGCCAGCUUGGAGGAGGCGGCGCCGGGGGCGCGCCACGCCACGCUCAGCCUGACCAUCCCCCACGUGGCACCCGAGCACGAGGGCGACUACGUGUGCGAGGUGCAGGACCGUCACAGCCACGACAAGCACUGCCACAAGAAGUACCUGUCGGUGCACGCCCUGGAAGCCCCGCGGCUUACGCAGAACUUGACCGACCUCCUGGUGAACGUGAGCGACUCCCUGGAGAUGCGGUGCCCGGUGGCGGGGACACACGUGCCCAGCAUCAUGUGGUACAAAGACGAGAGGCUGCUGGAGGAAAAGUCCGGAAUCGACCUGGCCGACUCCAACCAGAAGCUGAGCAUCCAGCGCGUGCGCGAGGAGGACGCGGGCCGCUACCUGUGCAGCGUGUGCAACGCCAAGGGCUGCGUCAACUCUUCGGCCAGCGUGGCCGUGGAAGGCUCCGAGGACCGAGGCAGCAUGGAGAUCGUGAUCCUUGUGGGCACCGGGGUCAUAGCCGUCUUCUUCUGGGUCCUCCUCCUCAUCAUCUUCUGCAACAUAAGGAGGCCAACCCACGCAGACAUCAAGACCGGCUACCUGUCCAUCAUCAUGGACCCCGGGGAGGUACCCCUGGAGGAGCAGUGUGAAUACCUGUCCUACGAUGCCAGCCAGUGGGAGUUCCCCCGGGAUCGGCUGCACCUCGGGAGAGUCCUGGGCCACGGGGCCUUCGGGAAGGUGGUGGAAGCCUCGGCUUUCGGAAUCAACAAGGGCAGCAGCUGUGACACUGUGGCCGUGAAAAUGCUGAAAGAGGGCGCCACAGCUAGCGAGCACCGCGCCCUGAUGUCGGAGCUGAAGAUCCUAAUCCACAUUGGUAACCACCUCAACGUGGUCAACCUCCUGGGGGCGUGCACCAAGCCUAACGGCCCCCUCAUGGUGAUCGUGGAGUUCUGCAAGUACGGCAACCUCUCCAACUUUUUGCGCGCCAAGCGGGAGGCCUUCAGCCCCUAUGCAGAGAAAUCCCCCGAGCGGCGAAGGCGCUUCCGGGCCAUGGUGGAGGGUGCCAAAGCUGAUCGGAGGAGGCCCGGGAGCAGUGAGAGGGCCCUCUUUACCAGGCUCCUGAUGGGCAAGGGCGAGGCGGGGCGGGCCACUCCCGUCCAAGAAGCCGAGGACCUGUGGCUGAGCCCGCUGACCAUGGAAGACCUUGUCUGCUACAGCUUCCAGGUGGCCCGAGGGAUGGAGUUCCUGGCCUCCCGUAAGUGCAUCCACAGAGACCUGGCUGCUCGGAAUAUCUUGCUAUCAGAAAGCGAUGUGGUGAAGAUCUGUGACUUCGGCCUGGCCCGGGACAUUUAUAAGGAUCCUGACUACGUGCGCAAAGGCAGCGCCCGGCUGCCCCUGAAGUGGAUGGCGCCUGAGAGCAUCUUUGACAAGGUGUACACCACACAGAGUGAUGUGUGGUCCUUUGGGGUGCUGCUCUGGGAGAUCUUCUCCCUGGGGGCCUCCCCGUACCCAGGGGUGCAGAUCAACGAGGAAUUUUGCCAGCGGCUGAAAGAGGGCACCCGGAUGAGGGCCCCAGAGCUGGCCACUCCUGCCAUACGACGCAUCAUGCUAAGCUGCUGGUCUGGAGACCCCAAAGAGAGGCCUGCAUUCUCAGAGCUGGUGGAGAUACUGGGGGACCUGCUCCAGGGUGGGGGCUGGCAGGAGGAGGAGGACUGCAUGGCACCCUGCAGCUUGAGCUUGGAGGAGGGCAGCUUCUUGCAGGCGUCCACCACAGCCCUGCAUGUCCCCGAGGCUGACGCCACCAAGGAGGGCAGCUGGCCAAGCCUGCACCGGCACAGCCUGGCUGCCAGAUAUUACAAUUGUGUGUCCUUUCCUGGGAGCCUGGCCAGAGGGGCUCAGACCCAGGGUCCCUCCAGGAUGAAAACGUUCGAAGAAUUUCCCAUGACCCCAACGACCUACAAGGCAUCGGUGGAUAACCAGACAGACAGCGGGAUGGUGCUGGCCUCCGAGGAGUUUGAGCAGCUGGAGAGCAGGCACAGACAAGAAGGCGGGCUCAGCUGUAAAGGAGCCGGCUGGAAUGUGGACGUGACCAGGGCGCACCCUGACCCCCAGGGGCGGCGGCGGAGGCCCGACCGGGGCCCGCAGGGAGGCCAGGUGUUCUACAACAGCGAGUAUGGGGAGCUGGUGGGGCCGCGUGGGGAGGGCGACUGCACCCCACUGGCCCGCGCACCCUUCUUCGCAGAUAACAUCUACUGAGGAGGCUCUGGCAAGGCCCCCACGGCCCUGGGCUCCCACAGUUGGCAGGGCCAUGCUUGGCAGGGCAAGCGGAGGGUUGGAGACCCAGGCUGGGAGCUCAUCUCCUUUGGUCCAGCCAGGAGGCGUUUCCUCCACCCUGUCUACCCCUUCCUAGCUAUGAAGAGCAAAACCUAAGCUCCAGGGCUCCCCAAACUCCAUCACCACACCGGCCCAGGACUUCCCCAUGGACCCCCAGGACCCUUCUCCCCUUCACAUCAGAUUCCAUUUAGUUUAACAUCCCUAGAGCCCAGCCCUGGGCCAGGCACUCCCAGUGGGAUGUCCCUUUGAUUGCCUCCUCCCACGACGGCUGCCAGUAGCGUGGUCCCCAUUUUCUGAUGAGGAAUUUGAGGGUCUGACAUUCACAGAUGAUGUGGGCGAAGCCAGACUUGAGCUGCAGCCUCCCGGCCCCCUCCUCAAACGCUGUUUCUUCCCCUGGGCAGGCCUUUCUCUCUUGCAGCUCCAGGGCUAAAGGGACAGUCCCUUAUUCUCAUCUCAAAGCACGAUGAGGAGUGGUGGGGGUGGGGCGUUCCUCCCGAGCCCAGGCGAACAGCUCACCACCUCAGGGGCAGCUGUCUCUGCAGCGCCCCUUACACCCACCCUCCACUGAGUGGGAAUGAGCCUACGGAUUAUUUUCUUUAGAACUUCAGACACUGAGCUGCUGUGAAGAAUUUACUUUUUUAAAACUUCAGUCUGAAGGGAGCCCAGGGAAAUUCUUUCUGAAUCUAGAUGGUUCUUGCCCCUGCUCCCCAGUUGGUGCCAUCAUAGCAGACGCAGCCACGGCCUCUUCUGGAGGAGGCUCCAGCCCCACCUGCCGGCCCAGAAUUGGAAGAAGCAGCUGACGGUCUAGUGCAGCCCCUUUUGAAAAAGUGCUUGGUUCUUCCCUCUGGGGCCUGGAUCUGCCGCCCGAGGCACCUCCCAAGCUGUGAAGGUCCUUAUGCCCGGUGAACACCAGGGACUCCACGGCAGAAGGCUCCAUGCCACCAGGCAAUCAGCAGAUGUUCUUGUGGCCUCAGGAGCCUCAGGAGGACCCUUUCUCCUGUCCCCUGGUCUCUGCCCGAUGUCGGUGUCCUGGCAGUUCAAGCGUCUGUCGUCACAAGGGAGCAGUCAAGGACCCUCUGGAGGCUGGAGCCAUUCUGUUCAGACCCCCACCCCAGCUCACACUGCCCAGCCACCCCCACCCUCAGGAGAAGGAAGACCCUCCUCCCAGUUAGCGCCACAGAGAUGGACACCUCACCCCCACCACACGAGACGCUUGCAGGACAGGCGACCGUGCAACGAGCAGGGGCUUGCCUAGACUCCCCCACCCCACCCCAGUGUGUAUUGUGUCUUCAGGAUACCUACAGUGCACAUGUGACCGAUCUUCAUGGUCCCCGCUGGACCUGCUCCUUUGAUGCCACAUGACUGUGAGACUUGGGUCUCAGGUUUACCUGGUAGAGAGGUUCAGAGGCUGUUAGAGAAGCCACAUGCAUGAUGCAGGUGCAGAGCCUGACCCCCCAGGCGCCUCCCUGUGCAUGCCACCUGUGCCACCUCUCCUGUCACAACCGCACACACGAAAAAUGUACUGGGAAGAAAACCUACCAUGCCCUUGUACACCCAGUGCUCCGAAAAGAUCUGAAAUAUUUAACAAAAGAUAAUAAUAAAUUUGAUGCCAGUCUUUGAGUUACAAUGAAUGGGUUCUCAGUUAA